AUGGACUCCUCAAAGCUCUUUUCCCCCUUGAAGGUGGGUAAGCACCAACUCGCCCACCGCAUCGCACUUGCACCCAUGACCCGCUUCCGAGUCAACGACGGCCACGUCCCGCAGGACAUAGUGACCGAGUACUACGCACAGCGCGCCGUUACACCAGGCACGCUCCUCAUCACAGAAGCAACCCUGAUCUCAACCAGACCAGGCGUAUACCGCAACGUGCCGGGUCUGUUUGACAGCGCACAAAUCGCACAGUGGCGCAAAGUCACAGACGCCGUGCACGCGAAGGGGUCAUAUAUCUUCGCGCAGCUAUGGGCUCUUGGCCGCGUCGCUGAUCCCGCCGCAACGAAGGAGGCGAAUGGUCCCGACACAGAGCUUCUCUCGAGCAGCGCGACUCCGCUUGACCCCGCGCUAGUGCCGAAGGAGAUGAGUGAGGAGGAUAUCGCGGCGGUGAUCGGGGAUUUUGCCCAGGCGGCGAAGAACGCAAUUGAGGCGGGCUUUGAUGGCGUUGAGAUCCACGGCGCGAAUGGGUAUUUGGUUGACCAGUUUAUUCAGAAGACUGUGAAUAAGAGGACGGAUGCGUGGGGUGGGAGUGUUGAGAACCGCGCGCGGUUCCCGCUGGAGGUGAUCAAGGCUGUUGUUGAUGCUGUUGGUGCGGAGCGCACGGCGAUCCGAUACAGCCCGUGGAGCACGUUCCAAGGGAUGGGCGUUGACACAAAGGAGGAAAUUAUUGAGCAGUUUGGGUAUCUGGCGCGCAAAACGGCCGAGUUCAAGCUUGCGUAUGUGCAUAUUGUGGAGGCGCGCAUUGCGGGCAACACGGAGACGGAAGUUGCCGGAAGUAAGGACCUGCAGUUCUUCUUCGAUGGGUACCAGCAUGCUGGGCCGAUUAUGGUGGCCGGCGGGUAUGUCGGGGAGAGUGCGCGCGAGGCCGCAGAUGGGCAGUAUAAGGACCACGACGUGCUGUUUGCCAUCGGACGGCCAUGGACCGCCAACCCAGAUCUUGCCUUCAGGGUCAAGAACAGCAUCCCGCUGCGGCCGUACGAGAGAGAGCACUUCUAUGUAGCACGCAGCCCAAGGGGAUACAUCGAUUAUGAGGUCAGCGAGGAGUUCAAGACCGCUGCUGUUUCUGCUUGA